UCUAACUUUAAGGACAUGAAUGUACUUCUUCAACUUGAACAAUUGAACAGAGAAACUGACCCCGAAUCGGGUAGAGUCGGAGUUAGCCUCUCUGAGUCAAAGAGUAGAUUUAGAUCUAAAUCCACUUUUUACCCUACACAUCUCAGAGACAAUAUUGUAAAUAUGUUUCAAAAAAAUGUAGAAACUGAACUAUCUUUAUUACAUGAAACUACAAGUGAUUUACCAUCUAGGAAUAACCUUACAAUGAAAGAAAAAAGGGCACUUAAUACUUUGAAAAAUGACCACAAUAUAGUUAUUCGAAAAGCAGAUAAGGGAGGCCAAAUUGUUAUACUUAAUAAAUCAGACUAUGUUUUUGAGGCCCAUAGACAACUUUCUGACAGAGAGACAUACUUACCUCUUGAAAAAAGUCCCCUAAAUAUAUAUGCUUCAGAGCUUGAUGCUCUGUUACAAGAGGCAUCAAGUUUUAACAUCAUAGAUGAUAAACUUAUUGCCUACAUUAAAAAGGAUACACCAAAAUCAGCCAUUUUUCACCAUUUGCCUAAAAUACACAAAAAAGAGAGACCACCAGUAGGACGCCCUAUUAUAGCUGGUAUUGGUUCACUAGGUGAAAACUUGUGCGAAUUUAUAGAUCAUUUUCUACAGCCCCUAGUUCUAAGACUUCCUAGUUAUCUUAGAGAUAGUGGUCACUUAUUACACUCUCUUAAUAACUAUCAAUGGAAUUUACCUAAUCUAAAAUGGGCUUCGAUUGAUGUUGCUUCCUUAUACUCAUGCAUUCCCCAUGACCUUGGCCUACAGGCUAUUGAAUUUCAUUUAAACCAAUACAGCACUUACGACUCCAACUUUAUCACUUUUUUAUUAAAAUCUAUAUAUUUUCUUCUCACACAUAAUUUUUUCUAUUUUGAUAAAAAGUACUAUCUACAAUGCAGAGGCACGGCCAUGGGGGCCAAAUUUGCACCCUCCUACGCGAACCUUUUUUUAGGUUGGUGGGAGGAGUUACACAUAUAUAGUGAGAAUAAUCAUUUUUCUGAUAAUAUUCAAUAUUAUGGACGCUAUAUUGAUGAUAUUAUAAUUAUUUGGUCCGGCACGGAUGAACAAUUUAAUGAUUUCAUUAAACACAUCAAUACCAAUAACUAUAAUUUACAAUUCACUUCUGAAAUACAUCACACUAGUAUUAAUUUUUUGGAUAUCACACUUAGCACUUUUAACCAUUCGGUCACUAGCACUAUUUUUCGAAAAGAAUGUUCAGCUAACACACUUCUGGAAGCUACAUCAUGUCAUCCAAGGCAUUCCAUUCUUAAUAUUCCAUAUAGUCAAUUUCUGCGUAUUAGACGUAUUUGCUCUGAAGAAACUGAAUUCAUGUCCCAGUCUACUGACCUUUAUUAUAGAUUACUUGAUAGAGGUUAUCCAAAGAAGAACAUCAUAAAAGCUUUUGAGAGGGCUGCCACUGUAGAUAGAUCCAGCCUUUUUGAUAGAUAUAAAACCUGUGAUUCAAAGAAAUUUAAACACAAGAAAAAUGUGCACAAAAAGGACAAUGCUUCCUUGACUUGUAUCUUAACUUACAGUCCACAAUUAAACAUGAUAGAAAAAAUUAUUAACAACAAUUUAACCAUCUUAAAAACAGAUCCUAUUCUGAGGCAAAUACUCAAUAAAGGACAUAGAUUUGUCACCCGAAAAACUGAAACUUUGAAUUUUCAAGAGGAAGAGAAGAUUGAGGACUCCAGGUGA